AAACUCCUUAUGGUUGCUCUUUUUUAGUCUAGAAUGUAAACAAAGUUUCCGGUGGUUGCCCUUUUUUAGUCUUAAAUGUAAAGAAAGCUCCCCAUGGUUGCUCUUUUUUUCAUUCUUAAAUGUAAACAAAGUUCCCUAUGGUUGCUCUUUCAGUCAAAAAUCUUCACAAAGUUCCCCGUGGUUCUUUUUCAGUCUAAAAUGUAAACAAAGCUCCCUGUAGUUGCUUUUCUUAUGGUGUAAAAAGUAAACAAAGUUCUCCCUUAGUGUAUAAAAUGUAAACAAAGUUCCCUAUUAUUCCUCUCUAGUCUGAAAUGUAAACAAAGCUCCCUGUAGUUGCUCUUUCGGAAUCUUAAAAGUUAAACUGAAUUUGCGUAGCUGCCUUUUUUGGUGAAAAGGUGUAAAAGUUUCCCCUGGUUAUUUUAUUUUUUUUCAGGAUAAAAAGUAAACAAAGUACCUUAUAGAUACUGUUAUAGUUGAUGAACUUUGAAUAAAUGUCCUUUUUUUAUGUCUUCAUGUUUGGUUGUUUAAAAGGCUCUGAAGGAUCCUGAAGUUUGUUUUUUUAUAGGUGAGAUGGUGUAUGUAGAUAUUCUCCUCAGUGUAAUUAGGCUCUGCCUCAGGCCCCCUUUUUAAUGGACAGUCUAGAAAAAAAUCCAAAAGAAAGCAAUCAAACACCUGGACCAACAGCUCCACCUGAAACUUCUGACUCCUUUGAGCUGUCAAAAUAACUCCGAUUUAAGUCAGACCUUUGUCUGUGCUGAGAUAUUUCUCACGUUCACAAAGAAAGUUCACUCAGAUAAACUCCGGACUAUUUCCAGCCUGUUACUUCAUACUAAGUCAGACUAUCGAUCCACCUCAGAGCCGGUUCAUGGUAUGUAUUUUCACCCGACAUCACAGGAAUCUCAGACGAGCUGCACCAACCUAGUGCACCGUUUCUGACCUUUUGACCAUUUUGUGAUUUCACCGGAUCAACCAAGUUCAGGGUCCUUUGAGUUCAACCACAAACGGGCGUCAAACGAUUGAAUAUUUUGAAACGCAUUUCACCCCUCACCACCGGCAGGGAGCUGGCAGUGAGUCCAUCACACUGCUGCGAGGGAAAUGGCAACAGAGCACGGCAACAUUAUCGAUUGUUCUCUCUCUGGUUAGGACUUCGGGACAGCCAAAGCCGGCAGGGCUCAGUUGUUUUUGUACGGUUUUCAACACCAGUGUGGACUAAAAUCUCUCCCUGUACAAAGUCGUUCGUUUUUUUUUUUUUAAGGGAGUAAAGAGGAUGAGGGAUGUGUUUGUGUGACUGUGUUCAGCAGCAUCAGCAGCAGCAUCUUUGCCAAAGGCCUGUAGUGCACACUUCUACAUCCAAGAUGGAAGGUAAGUCAACUCCUUUAUAAAGAGACCUGAUAGUUUUAUAAAUGUCCUGUAAUUUAGCCAGGAAACAACAGUGGGUUGACAGUAAUGUGUGUCAGCUCUACAUGGUGUUGUUCUACUGUUUUUCAGUGGACAAUAACACCAGUUUUAGAAGAUGGUAUUCAAAUCCUCAUGGAUCGACAUCUAUCCGACUGGAAUCAAACUGCGAAAUUUGACCAAUAUCUUUGAAGGUGUUUGGUUAAAAUGCAUCUACACUUUGUCGAACACCAAAUACUAGAGUGUGUUCAGUUUAUAUCUGCAUAUCCAGACGCUCUGUCAUCUGGCCUCUUUUGUCUUCUGCGGUAGAACUUCUGAAGUAAAAAAUGGGAGACUGGAACUUCCUUGGAGGGAUCUUGGAGGAGGUACAUAUCCACUCCACCAUGGUGGGGAAGAUCUGGCUCACCAUCCUGUUCAUAUUCCGGAUGUUGGUGCUGGGAGUCGCAGCGGAGGACGUCUGGAACGAUGAGCAGUCUGAUUUUGUCUGCAACACUGACCAGCCCGGCUGCCGCAACGUCUGCUACGACCAGGCCUUCCCAAUCUCCCUAAUCCGCUACUGGGUGCUGCAGGUGAUUUUCGUCUCCUCGCCCUCUCUGGUGUACAUGGGACACGCCAUCUACCAGCUGCGAGCGCUGGAGAAGGAGCGCCAUUGCAAGAAGGUGGCUCUCCGCCGUGAGCUGGAGGCGGUGGACGCAGAACUGGUGGAAGCACGAAAGAGGAUCGAGAAGGAGAUGAGGCAGCUGGAGCAGGGGAAGCUCAACAAAGCUCCACUGAGGGGAUCUCUGCUGUGCACUUACGUGGCCCAUAUUGUCACCCGCUCUGUCGUGGAAGUCAGCUUCAUGAUGGGUCAGUACAUUCUCUAUGGACACCGUCUGAGGCCGCUUUACAAGUGUGAAAGAGAGCCCUGCCCCAAUGUGGUGGACUGCUUUGUGUCCAGGCCCACAGAGAAAACCGUUUUUAUGAUGUUCAUGCAAGCCAUCGCCUGUAUCUCCCUCUUCCUCAGCCUCCUGGAGAUGAUGCACCUUGGAUUCAGAAGGAUCAAGAAAGGCAUCCUGAACUACUACCCUCACCUGAAAGACGACCUGGACGAUUUAUACGUCAACAAGUCAAAAAAGAACUCAGUCGUGCAUCAGGUUGGUGUGGGCACAACUGUGAGUCGCAAGACCACGAUCCCCACAGCUCCAUGUGGAUACACGUUACUGCUGGAGAAGCAGGGCAAUGGACCCAACUACCCCCUUCUCAACGCUUCCUCUGCUUUUGUCCCAAUACAAGGAGACCCUGGUGUCAAACCAGAGAGUCACAAGGACAGCAAGGAGGGAGUGCCGAGCCCCACGGAGCAAAACAGCAACUCCAACAACACCAGCAGUGAGACUUGUUCCCCUCCGGCAGACAAACUGGACGAGCCAGAAGAACAGUCCCAGCAUGAGGACAUGGACUGUGGGGGCUCUGAGUAUCCCACCCUCCCUGUAGCCGACACCCCCUCCAGUUCAGCUGGAUUCCCCAGGAAGUCCCGGAGGGUCAGUCCACCAUGGAACCACUCCACUCUGGUGGAGGGGAACGGCUCAGACAGCGGAGAUUCGUACCACGGCAGAGACAGCAUGAAGCAUCGGAGCAGCUCCACCGGACCGAGAGCGAGGGUGCUCUCUAAAUCAGACAGUAGGAGGCCGAGCGGGUCUCAGAGCCCGGACUCUGGGGGGGAGCUGAGCUCUGUGUCUCGACACAGCCGGGAGAGCAACAGCCCGACCAUCUCCUCCCCAAACCGCAGAGUGUCAGCAGGGAGCAGCGCCAGCAGCAGACGAGCUCCAACUGACCUGCAGAUAUAAACCAAAGACUGACCGAUGGUGGUGCGGCAACAGACGCUCUCUGGGGUCACACAUUUGGAGUUCCUCUUUGACUAACUGCAGUGAGUGUUACACUCCUGACACCAGAAGAGCAGCCUUUAUAAACAUAUUUGAAAAGAAGCUUCUAGAAAACAUCUACUUUCUGAUUAAACUGGUUCUCUUUCCUUUAAUUUCCAGGUCUGAUGGGCUUUUAAUGAUUUUGUUGUGUGCAGCAACUUUGAAUGAUUAAAGGGGAAUGGAAAACCGGCUCACAGAUCCAUAAUGUUGUUUUAGGUCAUGUAGCGUCGUUAUGCAACCAAAAACUGUCACAUCAGCUCCAAGUCUGAUUUAACUCCACCUGUUUCUACAAAUCUGUACGUCCUUCAGCA